GAACGCUGACGUCGACUUCCACCCACACAGCAGCGUAAUGGCCGCGUCGAUAGCAGUCAUGCCGACAAACCGGGCCGCUUCUCGAUUGCAGUCCAAAAAACGGACAAUUCAAAGGAGGCGCACACUUUUGGACAUCGCUGUCGUUGUAUCGCUUUCGUUAGCCUCCUUACUGCACUGCGCUGCGGCCGACGGUAAGACGCUGGUCCUGCUGGACAACACCCACAUCAGAGACACCCAUUCAAUGUUCUUCCGCAGUCUGGCAGAUCGCGGCUUUGAUCUUACAUUCAAGACCGCCGAUGACCCAUCACUUUCUCUGAUCAAAUAUGGCCAGUUCCUGUACGACCAUCUCGUCAUCUUUUCGCCUUCAGUAGAAGACUUUGGAGGAAGUAUCAAUUUGGAGACAAUUACAUCCUUCAUUGAUGGCGGAGGAAAUGUCCUGGUUGCUGCCAGUUCUGAUAUCGGUGACCCACUGAGGGAACUGGGUAGUGAGUGUGGCAUAGAGUUUGACGAGGAGAGGACUGCCGUCAUUGACCAUCACAACUACGACAAGUCUGAUCCGGGAGAGCACACUCUGAUUGUUGCUGACCCAGAGAAUUUGCUGAAAGCUCCAACCAUCGUUGGAAAAGCCACCAAUAAACCAGUGUUGUUUAAGGGUGUUGGCAUGGUGGCUGACCCUGACAACCCUCUUGUUCUGGACGUCCUCACUGGCUCUUCGACGGCCUACUCCUUUUUUCCCGACAGACCCAUUUCUCAGUACCCUCACGCAGUGGGCAAAAACACCCUGCUGAUUGCCGGCCUACAAGCCAGAAACAACGCUAGAGUAGUUUUCAGCGGCUCACUGGACUUCUUUAGUGACGCCUUCUUCAACUCUGACGUGCAGAAAGCCGCACCUGGAUCUCAGCUACACGAGCAGACGGGCAACAGGGAGCUGGCCGAGGCUCUUUCUCGCUGGGUAUUUAAAGAGGCCGGCGUCCUCAGGGUGGGCGAAGUUAGCCAUCAUCCCGUGGGAGAGAGCACUCCCCCUGCAGCAUACACUGUCACUGACCUUGUGGAGUACAGCAUUGUUAUUGAGAUGCUCUCCGAGGGCCAGUGGGUUCCUUUCGACGGCGACGAUAUUCAACUGGAGUUUGUGAGAAUUGACCCCUUCGUCAGGACUUACCUCAAGAAAGAUGAUGGGAUAUACAGCGUCCAGUUCAAGUUGCCCGACGUGUACGGAGUUUUCCAGUUCAAGGUGGACUACAACCGACUGGGAUACACUCAUCUAUACUCCUCCACUCAGGUGUCAGUGCGUCCCCUGCAGCACACUCAAUAUGAGCGCUUCAUCCCCUCGGCCUUCCCGUACUACGCCAGCGUCUUCUCCAUGAUGUCAGGACUCUUUAUCUUCAGCGUGGUAUUCUUGCACAUGAAGGAGAAGGAGAAGUCUGACUAAUUUGGAUCUAAAAGAGACAGAAAUUGACACGAUUGAACUUUCAAAGCGACUCGAAAUUGAACCGGUUUGUGUUGGGGUACGAAGGCACUCAAGUAAGUGGCUGGUGGAUGUUUUAAUGCUGGUGUGUGGUCUUUAUUUUCCACUUCAAGGCCUGUGAAAAUUUUGAAUUCUGUUCAUGUUACUUUACACUUGGUUGUGAAAAUAUUUUCUGUAAUUAGGAUUAAGCGACAACAGGAAUAGGAGUUAUUGACCCUUGUUUUACAAUUCCUGUAGUAACCACAUGCACUGAACAAAAAGAUGCCAACUGCUAAUUUGUCUGAAGACUUUUUAAACAAUAAAAUAUUGACAUUCCACAUGGAA